AGCUCCGGUGGGCUUGGGCGGUUAAGGACGUCCGGACACGCGGUCACUCAGGACGCGCGGACACGCGGUCGCUGAGGACCCACGGACACGCGGCCGCUGAGGACGCACGGACACGCCGUUGCGCUCCCGGUGUGGUUCGCGCGCUGGGAAGCCGCCGAGGAGAGGCAGGCGGCGUGCAGCGAGCUUCCCUUUUUUUUGCAUUCCAAGCGUUUUCUUGGCUUUAAAAGCCUUCCCGCGGGCUCUGGUCCAGGCAGUUUUCUCCCUUUUUCUGGCAGCUUUGAGGGGGAAAAAAGAAAGAAAAGGUGUCAUUUCUUUGCUUUCCUCUUGGGCAGCUGGUGCCUGUAGGUGUUUAGCGAGGCCUAUUGCUCGUCCUCGCCGGAACGGCAGAGCUGGACCGCGUCGAAGUACAACUGAACACGAGGGAGAAACGAAAUAGUAGAUUCAAGUACUGGCAAGUCUUAAUUUCUGUGAAGUGUGCGUGUGGGAGUAGCUGGUAAAGAAAUGUACAGCAGAACUAAGGGUCCCUCUUUUCUUGUGCCUUUUUGAAUAUCUCUGUAGUAAAGAUGUCCCUUGAUCACCACAUGAUGAAUAGCUCCAUGUCACCAACCUUGCAUCCUCCUGAACAUCACCACUCUACAGCAGCUCCAGAACAUAGUCAUGGAUCUGGGAUGAUGAUGAUGGCAAUGACUUUCCACUUCAGCUAUGAGAAUGUGCCACUGCUGUUUUCUGGACUUACAAUCAAUACUCCUGGAGAAAUGGCUGGUGCCUUUGUGGCUGUCUUCUUCCUAGCCAUGUUUUAUGAAGGCCUAAAGAUUGCCCGAGAAUGUCUGCUCCGUAAAUCCCAGGUCAGCAUUCGCUACAACUCUAUGCCAGUGCCAGGUCCAAAUGGCACCAUAUUGAUGGAGACACAUAAAACUGUUGGACAGCAGAUGCUGAGCUUCCCUCACCUCCUGCAGACUGUACUGCACAUCAUCCAAGUUGUGGUCAGUUACUUCCUUAUGCUGAUCUUCAUGACGUACAACGGCUACCUCUGUAUAGCUGUGGCAGCAGGGGCAGGGAUGGGCUAUUUCUUCUUCAGCUGGAAAAAAGCAGUUGUUGUGGAUAUCACUGAGCACUGCCAUUAAUACUGGAGGCUGCCCAGGAGCCUCUCCACCUCUGCGCUCUUGAAAUGUAGCCAUCACAAGGACUGGAUCAUUCCUAAGCUGAAAGAGAAACAAUAUAAUCAAUCCAAGUUCACCACAAGUUCCUAGCUGGGUUGUAGGGAUGUGAGAAGCUGGGGUAUGCUGCUCCCUCAGGCUGCAGGCUGGCGGCUUGGCUGACUCUUGAGGAUCCCAUGGUAGCCGUUCUUAGCUAGGAUUUGCUUUAUUCUUAGAUCAUGCUGUGAUUGAAAUUAGUUGGCUAUCAGAAAUGUAGAGGUUAUUCUUUUUUUUUUUUUUUUUUUUUUUUUAAAAAAAUUAUUUUUAAACUGUAAAUGCUUAUCUGAGGGUUUUGUGAACAGUUGGUAAAGAUCAAAGUUGCCAAUGGAGCCUGUGUGCAAAUGACUAUUUUAAUUUUUUUUUAAUAUGUACAUAAUGCUAGGGGAGGAGAUUUCCCUGGUCUUGUGGCUUUUGGGGCCAAUGGCACCUUCUAAUUCAGUUCUGAGAGCAGGGUUCCACAAGAUGCAGCUGCUAGGAAAGACCUGGUGCUGCACCUGAGACAGGCUCAGGUCUGUCCUGGCAAGUGAGCAUCCUGACAGGAGUCUGUGAGCCCUGUACUUCUGGGAGUCUGGAGGAUCUGUCCUCCAAGGCCAUCAGAGUACGAUGAGUGUGGUUUAGUCGUCUGAUGUAUCCAGCAGCAUUAUUCAGCUUUCAGCACUAACAUUGUAGUGCAGCUGCUUUCACUUCCUGAUCAUGGAAAUGUACUGAGUAGGUGCAGGACAAUAACUGCAUAUUCAUAGGACAAAAAAAGAUUUUAAAUAAACCAUUGAAUGCACAUUGACUUCAUGUUACAUUGCAGCUGGAUGGAUCUAGAGCUAGACUUUCAGUUUACUAAAACUCAUUCUGUAAAAGAGACAGAGCCUAAAUAAUAUUUUUGUGCCGCUAGAGGUUAAAAUGUCUGAAGGGGGCAUUCCUUAGUUGAGAUGAAGGAAAUAAAACAACUAUGUUCCUGUGAAGGGAAGAUUGGGGAAGACAAGAAAGCAGCCUUCAAUCUGCUCUUCUCAGGUGAAACUUGAAGCAGCUUGGGCUGAUUUAAAAAAAAAUCGUGACCCAAGUGACUCUUCUUUGUCUUAAUAAUCAUGCUAUGACCAUGCUAGCUUGUAGGUGCAAGAUUCGUCAGUGCCAGUGGUAGAAAGGUACAGUAGCUCAGUAGAAAAGCUUCCCAUUCAGGGCUGUGAGCUCUGCAGAUUUAUCAGACAGAAGAGGAUAGCUUCCAGGAUGGGUAUUGCCCAGAGAACACUUUGGGUUUUCUAGGGAUCAGUUUUGGUUUGGCACUUCGUUAGGAAGCAGCUUCCUGCAGUAGGGAAUGCUGUUCUGUUAGAGUGUGGUGCAAAGCUGGAGCCUUCCCUCGGCCCAAGACACCUUCUUCAGGACUGUAAACGGCUGAAAGGGAAGGCAGUGGGAUCUUCAGAAGGCCAUUGAAAACUGGUGACUGGGAUGUGCCCUGGGGACAGGGAAUCCUGUUGAAGUGAAAGUAACAUCUGAAAGAUGCUAUGAGCUGCACUGUUAGCAGCCAUGGAAGGAACGCUGACUCUUGUGAAGGGGAGUUAGGUUCCUUUAACUUGUAAACUUUAAAGGGCAAGGCUUAUCCCUGUGUAUGUGGGUUUUUCAGUGUGCCGGUGCUACUACUACUACUAAGCCCAUUCACGAUCUACCACUCUCUUUGAAAAGCAAUAGGAAAUCUGUUAUUGCCACUGCCAGGCCUUUUGCCAGGAUCUUGUAUUGCACCACCUAAGGUCAGCCUUCCUGUAGAUGAUGCCAGGCAUUUAUUUGGACAUUUUGUUUUCUUUCGGCAGUGCAAAUACAGGGAAAAAAAAGAGAUGAAUUAAAAUAAAGUUCAGGCUUCAAAGGAGCUUAUUUCUGUAUUAAAUCCACAUUUAAAUGAAAGUAGCACGGCUGCUUUCAUUGAAAGAUUCUGGUCACCUCCUGACAAAAGAGAUAGGAAAAGCUUUUCCCUAGUCUGGUCUUCAAAGGGAGUCUGUAACACUGCAGAAAGACAUGCAUUUCUAGACUGAUGCCCUCUCUCUACAUCUGUCACAAAGGUAAAAAUCCUCUGUGCUUUCUAAACGAUAGUGUUUUGUUGCAAGAGAGGAAAACGAGGCCCUUCCAGAGAGCUGGAGGAAAUCUUAAUGCUUGUUGGAGAAACCAGAAGCAGUUAAGCACUGAAGUUGCUUGUUUAUGUUUUGAACGCUUUAUACUGUGGAGACUUAAUCUGUGAAGGAGUUUGGAGCUCAUAUAUGCUCCGACUGGUUUCUCUUGAACAAACUGGAGUUGUUACCAUUACAGGGUGGUGUUGCGAAGAAAACGAGACAUCACCACACAUUCAAUGUGAAUGCUAGAGAAUGUCUGUCUUACAGAUUAGAUCCCAUAGUUAUGCUCCAGCUGUUCACCUGUAAACGGUGAUUGCCCGGGCUUCUUGCUGCAGUCCUGCUGCGAGUGAUUUGUUCAGCUGGAGUCCCUUCCGGAUGCUCCUGUCAGCGCUUGUUCGACCCUAUCACGUCGGGGUCACCAUUUGAAGGGAUUGAUUGCACGGACUCCUGAUAGGUUCUGAUCAGAAGACGUUUAUCCAUAUCAGAAGGCAAAAUAUAUAUAUCGAUACAGUAAGCACGAGUUGUGCACGCGACAUACACAGCGCAGUGAUUGGGUAUACAGCGACAAGCACACGCUCCAGCUACUAAAGCGAUUGAUUAUACCCCUUGAUACAAUUUUCUCACAAGCAGACACCACAGUUAUCUGCUUGGCUCAUAUUCUGCAUUCUUGUUCUGUUUCUCACAGCACACCUGCUUCUAGUCUCAGUUGAAGGACGGGUCGCCUAGCUCAGUGUCUAACAAACCUCACAGGGUGGGGUCUCCGGCGGCUUCGUACGCUGACACUAAUAAUUUAAUAUACCUCUAGACUUGCUAGAUCUUCCUCUAAAAUAAAACCUGUGCUUGGCGUGAUCAUCCUGCUGCUGCUGAAGCUUUUUAGCCAUCUUUGCUUUUGUAUUCAAGUGACCGGACUUAGACCUGUGUCAGAGAUGCAAUAUGCAAUAGUGGCUCUUCCAAUAUAAAUUCAAUUCAUCCGUUAGCUCUUCUGCGUCAUUCUAGAUGCAGCACCUAAUCCCUCCAAAUUGUUUUUAUCAUUGACAAUGAGCGCUUCAGCCUUCAAAGGGUUCAUCUCCUUCUCACGCUCAUACAGAAGAGGGCACACAGCUUGCUCCCAGGGUGCAGAAAGGAAGUGGCACUGGCUUAACAGUGGUCUCUUGAGGAGCAGGAAACUGGGCAGAAGACUCCAAAGUUCCUAACUUGUGCCCCAGCAACUUACAGAAGCUUGUAAGAAUGACCAUUUGAAUGUUGGGCAAUACCACAGUUAGAAAUGGGAGAUGGGAGUCCAGGCUGGCGCUGGGAGGAAUGGCCCAAGGGAAGGUCUGAAGAGAAGAUAGUUGAGGAGAGAAGAUGGCACUCCUAAAGAAUAAGCUCUCUGCAGUAGGGACUGUGUUUCCUCACCGUUGUCUGUAGAUGUGCUGCUUUUGCACAUAGUGGAGGAGGGCUGUAUCCUCUGUGCUUCUGAGCUUGCUGGAAUAGGGAUGUCUCUAGUCCCUGUUUGCCUCUGAGCUUUGGCCAUGCUUUCUUUGUUAGUGGUUGACAAUCCAGAGAAGCCACCUACCUCCCUGUGUCCCAGCCUCCCUCUAGUCCCCUGUGUGCCACAGGCUGCUCUGUUCUUGGCCCAUGUUGCUGUUCACUUUGUCGGGCUCUGAGCAAAACUUGGCCUCCUUGAUGAUAACUUCUACUGACUGCUUUUGCUGCAGUCCCAGCCUUUCUGUUGGCUGUAUUUGAGGUUGUCCUGAUGUUAACACUAGACUUGCAUUAAGUAGUGCAUGGAGGGAGGUGAGGACUCCAACGAUUACUAGACUUGGGGAAAUUAAUUCAUGCAUCAACACCUAUGUAGCAAGCUUAGAAUGCAAUGUCCUGUGCCUGUCUUCUUGGACUGUGCCUCUGGAUUAUCAUCUUGGAAGACAGUGCACAAAAUACCAGGCUGUUCAUUGGCUGGCUUUUGUUUUUUUCCCUCUCGCUCCCUGAGUGCCUUUUCAGUUGAUCUGAAGCCAGUCCCAACAAAUCCAGCAGGACAUACAGUUUUGUUUACAGUGGACCGUCACUUUUGUUUUUACUCUUGCUUGUUGUGGAGGUAACUUGUCUAAUGUUACUGUGAAUAUCAAGAAUCCCCUGUAAAUAAUUAGCCAAUAAAAUAGAUUGCAUUUUA